AGGCCCUCAAAACUGGGAGCUAGGGGCCUCACCGCAAUCACUGCUGGGCGGACGUCGGGCGCCGGUCGUCUGAGGCUGCGCGCUGCGAGGGGUUCCCACGGUCCCGCCACCGCCACCACCGUCGUCUCCCGGCGCAGAUUUCUGCAGAUGAACCCAAGGCACAGAAUGAUUUGGAAAGUAGCCGUGUUGCUCAGCUCGGUCCUGGGGAUUGGUGCUUUUCCCCUGGAUGAUCCUGAGGAGGGAGGCAAACACUGGGUGGUGAUUGUCGCAGGUUCAAAUGGCUGGUACAAUUAUAGGCACCAGGCGGACGCGUGCCACGCCUACCAGAUCGUCAGCCGCAACGGGGUCCCCGAUGAGCAGAUCAUCGUGAUGAUGUACGAUGACAUCGCCAACUCUGAGGACAACCCCACUCCAGGCGUGGUGAUCAACAGGCUCAACGGCACAGAUGUGUAUCAGGGAGUCCCAAAGGACUACACCGAUGAGAACGUUACUCCACAAAAUUUCCUUGCUGUGUUGAGAGGUGAUGCCGAAGCAGUGAAGGGCAAAGGAUCUGGAAAAGUCUUGAAGAGUGGACCCCAGGACCAUGUGUUCAUUUACUUCACUGAUCACGGAGCCCCUGGACUGCUGGCUUUUCCCAAUGAUGAUCUUCAUGUAAAGGACCUGAAUGAAACCAUCCAUUACAUGUACAAGCACAAGAUGUACCAGAAGAUGGUGUUCUACAUCGAAGCCUGCGAGUCUGGGUCCAUGAUGAACCAUCUGCCCAAUGACAUCAAUGUUUAUGCAACUACUGCUGCCAACCCCAGCGAGUCAUCCUACGCCUGCUACUAUGAUGAGAAAAGGUCCACGUACCUGGGGGACUGGUACAGCGUCAACUGGAUGGAAGACUCGGAUGUGGAGGAUUUGACUAAAGAGACCCUGCACAAGCAGUACCGUCUGGUGAAGUCCCACACCAACACCAGCCAUGUCAUGCAGUAUGGAAACAAAUCAAUCGCUGCCAUGAAACUGAUGCAGUUUCAGGGCAUGAAGCACAAAGCCAGCUCUCCCAUCUCUCUGCCUCCAGUCAAACACCUUGACCUCACUCCCAGCCCGGAGGUGCCCCUUGCCAUCAUGAAAAGGAAACUGAUGGCCACCAAUGAUCUCCGGGAGUCCAGGAAACUUCUCGCAGAAAUCAACAGGCACCUGGAGGCUAGGCACGUCAUGGAGACGUCGGUGCGGAAGAUCGUGUCCUUGAUGGCAACCUCUGACGCCGAGGUGGAGCAGCUCCUCUCUGAGAGAGCCUCGCUCACGGAGCACGACUGCUACCAGGCGGCUGCGGCCCACUUCCGCACCCACUGCUUCAACUGGCACUCGUCCACGUACGAGUAUGCUUUGAGACACUUGUAUGUGCUCGUCAACCUGUGUGAAAAACCUUAUCCAAUUGACAGAAUAAAACUGGCCAUGGACGAGGUGUGCCUUGGAUACUACUGAAGAGCUGCCUCCUUGAUCUUUUCCAAGCACGAAGACCGUCACUUGGAACGUGGACUAACCAGAGGCUGCGGAGGUGGAGGGGAGGAAGCCCACCUGCUUCAGGCCCCCGGGGCCGCCAGGCCGCUCCUCGGCUGCUCCACAGGCCUAGCUCUCAGGACCUCACUCACCUUUCCUGCCUUCCAGGCCUUUUUCUCACGGGACCCUCACUCACUCUCACCGACGCCCCCAUCUUCUACAGAUCACAUGCGACUCUCUGAAAAAAAAAACCCCACAAAUUUGGGUGGGAAAAGCUCUAUUCGGAGAAAGAGUUUUUUUGCCCAUGCAUUUUAUGGAAAAAAAAAAGCUCACGUGGGUUUCAGUAGCCAGUGAAAGAGUCUUUGUUACAAAGAAUUGGAAGCAAGUUGUAGCUGAAGCCUCUGAAGUCUUCAGAAUUAUUUUAUUGAAGAGGAUCAUAAGCCCCCAAUGGAAAAUUACUUGUGGAUAAUAUUUUCUAUUCUUUGAUUGCUUUGGUAUUUUAUUUUGCAAUAAUGGACAAGUCUUAAAAAUAAAGAUUUAUAACUGAUGUCAAGUAUUAA